CCUCUGAAGGAUGUCAGUCACGCAAAACCUUUCCCGCACGGAACAACGAGAGGUGGUGCGCGAUCUUGUUGCCAAAGAUCCUGUACGUGGAUGGGACGACGCAUGGAAAGCGAACAUGACACCAUGGGAUGACGGGGGUGUCCAGCCCCCUCUGCGAGACCUGCUUAGUGCACAUGAGCUGAAGCUCCCCACAUCCGGCCGUGCGCUUGUUCCCGGAUGUGGCAAGGGUUAUGAUGCACACUUCAUUGCAACUACAACAGGCCUCGAUACACUCGCCGUCGACAUCUCCCCGACGGCAGUGCGACUGGCAAAAGAAUCGCUAGCCGAUCUCAACUUACCAAGCACUGUGAACGUCAAAUUUGAGCACAGGGACUUCUUCGCCCUUGAUAGCUCCGAGCAGGAGAAGUACGACCUCAUCUACGACCACACGUUUUUCAUUUGCAUUCCGCCGUCGCGUCGCGCCGAGUGGGGCCAGUUCAUGUCUCGCUUGAUCAAGCCGGGUGGCUAUCUGGUCACACUCAUUUACCCUAUAGAUCCACCAAAGGACUGGGGUCCACCAUACUAUGUAAGACCCGAACAUUAUGUUGAGGUUCUCGGAGAUGGAUGGGAGAAGGUGGUAGACAAGGUUCCGGAAGUCAGUUUUGAGGUUCACAAAGGCAGGGACCAUCUCGUUGUGUGGAAGAAAUUAUGACUGUGACGUUGCCAGGAGUAUUAAA